AUGACCUGCAAUCAGGCGCAGGUCACUACAGAACCGACUCCAUCAUACCUGCAGCCGCAGGACGGCCGGCCGGCGCCAUGGCAGCCGGGUCAGCGGCCGCCAUGGAUGGAGGGGGGGCUGCCGUUUCCCGAGCGAAACGGCAAUCAUUCGGAUCCGCUGGGCGGCAAUCUGCCUUGGGAGGAAGGCCGCGGGCAGGCUCUCGGGUACCAGCCGGUGCCGGGCGCCCAAACUUCUCCGGGCGCCGUGCAGCCGAAUCCAGGAGGGCCGAGCGAGUCACCGGCGGAUCAGCAGUGGGGCGAUCCGGAGGUUCCGCCUCCGCCGUCGCCUCCGCCGUAUCAGCCGGUGCCGUUCGCGGAACCGCCUCCCGCGGCGAACGCGAGUGCGCGCAUCGAGGAUGUGGGCGUGGUGGGGUCGGUGGUGGGCGACGAGCUGCCGACGACGUGCGGCCUGACGGAUUACGUCAGAAUGUCGAAGCGCUGCCAAGACGGCAAGCGCGAAGUGACCUACGUCAAAGUGCGCAACUGCACGGACGCAUUCCCCGACAUCCCCAUGCGCAACGAACCAUGCGUGUGCACGCCCGAGGACUACGAGCCAAAGUACUCGGAGAAUGGCGGCCAGUGCUACCUCUCUUACAUCGCCACCAACUGUGACUCGCCCAGUGGUGGCGGCCUUGCUGAGAUCGUCGUCGACCCCGUCUACUGCAGCAUCAGUUCGUCGCGCGCGUGCGGGGAGGCGGACAUAAAGUCCAUCUACGGCACGUGUGACUACAUCCGUGACUCCAUCACCGGCCAGAAGCUCUCCGUCAUGCCCGCCGUCGAGGUGAUCUACUACUUCGACAAGGAGUGCAAUCCCUAUGCCAGGGGAGCCGUGCCUCUGCCGCCCAACACCUUCAUUCCCUGCGACCACAAGUGUGGAGCGGGGCACAUUCUGCACCACGACGACUGCCAGAUCUGCCCUGCAGGCACGUACAGCACAGCGGGUGCGCUGGUGUUCAACAAGUUCUACCAAGUCGACCCCAAGUACUUCAAGACGGAGUGUCGGUACAAGAACGCGACGGGCAUGUUCCCAUGCGAGCCGUGGUAUGCGGAUGAUGGGGCGCUGGAGGUGGGCGCGUACGACUACAUGAACGACUGGAACCCUGACGUGUGUGCGUCAGACAAGGCGUACAACUGCCACAACAACGUGCGCUCCACGCUCUCCCUUGAAGUCGACCUCGUCCGCGACGGGCACGUGAGGUUCAACUUCACGGUGAGCGCGGAGAUGGGGCGGGACGGGCUCUCCUUCUUCAUCGACUCGCUCUCCCAGCCCGCCAUGGCUCUCGAGUCGUACCAGUUUGAGCCGCGCGAGGUGGUGUUCCCCCUCACGGCGGGACACCACACGCUCGUGUGGCUCUACUCCAAGGACGCGCGCUGGACCAAGGGCGAGGAUAUUGCGACUGUCAGGUUUAUCGAGGUGGACGGCAUUGGCUUUAACGACUUUGUCUGCACGCCCUGUGAAGCCGGCUUCUACAGUGCGGCGGGGGCGAGCACGUGUCUGCCAUGCGCGCCAAAUACCGUUUCCAGUGCGGGAGCAGCGGAGUGCAAGGCGUGUACAGCGGAGCAGUACGCGCAGAUCAUCCCGCGCACACAGUGCCUCGACCGACCCACCUGCAGGGUGGAUCGCGAUGCCACAUCAGACAUCGGCCCCUGCAAGCUAACCACACUCACGCGCACCAAGAGCUGGAAGUGGUUGGAGCCGCAGAUCUGCAAGCCCAGCGACCUCGACCCUCUCCCCUCCCCCGUCGAGCUGCCCUGUGAGCACUGUCCGAGCGGGCAGCAGGCAGUGCCGGUACCUGCGACAGGCGUGGUGCAGUGCGACUGGUGCCCCACCGGCACCGCCAGGGACGCCACCGAACAGAACACUGCAGCAGCAGCACCAGGCAGCAGCAGCGGCACAGAGGAGGGCGGUGCUGCAGAGGGCACUCCAGCAGCUGCAGGGGGCAGCGGCAGCGGCAGCGGCAGCGGGAACAUAACGGACGAGAUAUGCCGGCCGUGUGAGGCGGGCGAGGUGGCGAUGAAGAUGUUAUCCCUGCGCCACUUCCACAUGGAGCAGGGUCGUCUGCCUGACGGCUUCCGCACCGGCUGUCACGGCGACUGCGGCACCUUUGGCUGGCGCGCUGUGCAUAACUACCUCGAGUCGGGCAGUGGCCACGGCAAGACCGCCACUAUCUGGCUGGCACUGGACAUCGAUGUGGCAGUGACGGGGUACGUCAUGUUCAACUACUCGGUUGACAUCGCUCCCGGUGACCCCGGCCGCGGCUUCUUCUUCUUUGUCGACCACGACCUCAUGGACUUUGUUGAGCAACAACGCGAGGAGUGGGAGAAGACUCCAGGGCAGGAGCGCAAGGCGGGGGGGGAGAACCAGACGGCGAUCAGCGGCAUGUGGGAGCUGGCACCCGGUAACCACACGCUCAUGUGGGUGUGGGAGAAGCUGAAUGAUGAGAGGGCUGCCACGCGCAAGACCCGUGACUCCGCCAUCAUAUAUGACAUCGAGGUGGAGGGUGUGGCGCGGGGUGGUGCAGAGCGGUGCAGGAGGGUUCCGCCGGGGAUGCAGAUCACGGGGGACGGGCAGACGUGGGUGCCGUGUCCCCCCGGCACGUUCAGUGAGGGCGGGGAGGGCCGCUGCACGCCCUGCCCUGCUAACACCUUCAACCCCUUCCCUGAGGGAGCGCAAUGGGCGUGUGAGCGGUGUGGCUCCGGCACCACGUCCCUCCCGGGCAGCAGCGAGUGCUUCCUGGGCGAUGCACGCGUGCCCUCCUCCUUCUGCACCUUCGCCGUGCACGUCCCCGUCGCCUACAACGCCUCCUCCGCCGCUCCGCCUCCCCCCGCCUCCUCCUUCAACCCCUUCGCCUCCCCCGCCGCGCCCGCCCCCACGGGCCCCACGGGCGAGAUGCAGCAGGAGGAGCAGUUUUGGAACGAGACGCUGGCGGAGGGCGGCGGCAUGGUCGUGGCGGGCGGCGGGCUGACGGGCGCCACUGCGGGCGGCGGGCGGCUGUUUUUCGACCUGUCGCCUCUCGCGCGGAUGCACCCGGGGGUGAUGUUUGGGCUCGCAUCCAACGAUGCAACCACCAAGAACGGAACCCAGCAGGCGUCCUACUUCCUCAGCAUGUGCGACCGCGACCGCACCAACGACACGUGCUAUGACUACGGGGGCAACGCACUCAACACGUACGCGUGCAAGGUGGACCCGGCAGAAGAUGUGGAAGGGACCCUGCGGCCAGGGCAUGAUCUGGGGAGGUCGCUGGCGAUAGAGUCACUGGAUGUGGUGGCCAGUGAGCUGAGGACACGUGGGUUUGUGAUGAUGCUCAAGGGAGACGACUGCCCUGAGACCCAGCUGCCCCGCCAGACCAACAUCACCUUCAUCUGCGACCCCGCUGCUGGGCAUGGGCAGCCGGAGCAGUGGACGAGUGGGGGGCGCAUGGCGGCAUUUGACCCGCUCCGGGAGUACCCAGACUGGGCGCAGCGCGGGGGCACGGUGGAGCCUGUGGAGGGCACGCCCUGCGAGUUCAACCUCGUGUGGUACUCGCUGUUCGCCUGCCCGCUGUGCUCCGAGCAAGACAUUGUCAAGGUGGAGGCCGCUGGGUGCAACGAGAACAAGCGCGUCACGUACAAGUACAAGCACCCCCGGCCGAACCCCAUGACUCCCCUGCCGGACGAUGUGAUGUGCGAGGCGUGCACGGCGGAUGACUACGACCGCUUUGAGGGCGAGUGUGCGGAUGACGACGGCAAGCACAACGUCACCUACAUGUGGCACCAGCCCAUGCUCUGCAACGAAACCCUCCCGGGCUCCGUUCAACUGCCGGCUGAUGAGGUCGCUGGCGAGUGCACGUACAAGAUCAAGUACGUCCCGUCGGAUAAGCUGAGCUGGCAGUACAUUGUGGUGUUUGCGGUGUCAGGCGUGAUGAUUGUGGUGUUUGGCGUGAUGUCGCUGAUGACGUGGCUCAAGAGCCGCAAGCUGCAUGCCAUGUAUUCGCGGCUGGUGGAGCAGGAGAUGAAUGCAGUGGAGGACGAGAUGGAUGACAUGGAUGGCGAUGAUGGUGGUGUCACUGAAGGGAAGCGCCUCACGGAGUCUGAAGAGGAUGUUUGA